CGGGGUUUUAUCGGCAGAGUCGUUCCUGACAGUUCCUUCCCCAGCUUUUGUAACAGGGUUCCUUUCGACGAGCGUCCGUUUUCUACUUGUAAACAGUGUGAUGCAUGAGAGCCAAGCUGAAGGAAAUGCACUCAGUUACACGCCCUUGCCAGCGUCCAGCCAUGGGGGACAUGAAAACUCCAGAUUUCGAUGACCUUCUGGCUGCCUUCGACAUCCCAGACCCCACCAGCCUGGAUGCCAAGGAGGCCAUCCAGACCCCCAGCGAGGAGAAUGAGAACCCCCUCAAAGCCCCGGGCAUGUGUAUGGAAGAGAGCGUGUCCUUGUCUCACUCGGGGUCAGCCUCCGACGUGCCGGCCGUGAGUGUCAUUGUCAAGAACACCAGCCGCCAGGAGUCGUUUGAAGCCGAGAAAGACCACAUCGCUCCCAGCCUCCUGCACAACGGGUUCCGGGGCUCGGACCUGCCUCCAGAAGCCCAUGGCUUGGGCCACCACUGCGGGAAGUUUGAUUCCGCUUUCAUGAAUGGAGACAGUGCCAGGAGUUUCCCGGGCAAGCUGGAGCCUUCCAAGUCGGAGCCGCUGCCCACCUUUAACCAGUUCAGCCCCAUCUCCAGCCCGGAGCCGGAGGAUGGCAUCAAAGACAACGGCUUUGGGCUGAAGUCCAAGCACUCGGACAGCUACUUCCCGCCCCCGCCUGGUUGCGGGCCUGUCUCGGGCCCAGUGCUGGAGGCUCUGGGUAAGUUUUCCGUUCCAGAGCUGCACAUGUUCGACCACUUCUGUAAGAAAGAGCCCAAGCCAGAGCCCCUGCCCCUGGGCAGUCAGCAGGAGCAGGAGCGACGGGCGCAGCAGGCUGGGGAGACUCCCAAGGAGCUGGACGCCAGCCGCUUCUUUGGGGAGGCUUUGGAGUUCAACAGCCACCCCGGCAACAGUAUCGCAGAGCCCAAGGGGCUCGCGGCCGAGCCGGGAGCCUGCUCCUCCGUCCCCCCGAGGCAGCGCCUGAAGCCCGCGCAUUCCAAGCUGUCCUCUUGUGUCGCGGCCCUGGUGGCCCUGCAGGCCAAACGCGUCGCCGGCGUCACCAGGGAGGAUCAGCCUGGCCACACCAAGGACCCCUCAGGGCCCACGAAAGAGGGCUCCAAGGGCAGCCCCAAAAUGCCCAAGUCACCAAAGAGUCCGCGCAGCCCCCUGGAGGCCGCGCGGAAAAGCACCAAGCCCUCCGACAGCCCCCGGAGCAUCUGCAGCGACAGCAGCAGCAAGGGCUCCCCUUCCGUGGCUGCCAGCUCCCCCCCAGCGAUCCCCAAAGUCAGAAUCAAAACCAUCAAGACGUCCUCCGGGCAGAUCAAACGGACUGUCACAAGGAUCCUGCCGGACCCCGACGAUCCCAGUAAGUCACCCGUGGGGUCCCCUCUGGGCAGCGGUGCUGCGGAGGCCCCCAGCGAGGCGCCCGAGGACGAGGUCAGCGCCCUGCCUGCAGCGGAGCACUUUCCGGAGGGGGCCCAGCGCGCAGGGAGCCCCCAGGGUGACGCGAAAGGGGCCGAGAGCGCGCCCAAAGCCAGCGAGCCUGUGUCUCCCAGCGGCAGCUCUGGGUCCCGGGUCCCCAAGGCCGCGGCCCCUGGCUCGCAGGCGGGCAAGAAGCCGCAGCAGAGCGCCGGGCUGCAGGCGUCCGCGCCGGCCUCUGCCAACCUGCUGCCCAAAGCCGUGCACCUGGCCAACCUGAACCUGGUCCCCCACAGCGUGGCCGCCUCCGUCACGGCCAAGUCCUCCGCGCAGAGGCGGAGCCAGCCACAGCCCACGCAGAUGUCCGUGCCCCUGGUGCACCAGGUGAAAAAGGCCGCCCCGCUGGUCGUGGAGGCCUUCAACAAGGUCCUCCACAGCUCCAACCCUGUGCCCCUGUACGCGCCAAAUCUCAGCCCGCCCGCCGACAGCAGGAUCCACGUGCCCGCCAGCGGGUACUGCUGCCUGGAGUGCGGGGACGCGUUUGCCUUAGAGAAGAGCCUGAGCCAGCACUACGGCCGUCGCAGCGUCCAUAUCGAGGUGCUGUGCACACUCUGCUCGCAGACGCUGCUCUUCUUCAACAAGUGCAGCCUGCUGCGGCACGCCCGCGACCACAAGAGCAAGGGGCUCGUCAUGCAGUGCUCGCAGCUGCUGGUGAAGCCCAUCUCCGCGGACCAAAUGUUCGCCGCCGCCCCCGUGAACUCCUCCGCCCCCGCGGCGGCCCCGGCCCCGACCCCCGCGCCGGCUCCCCCGCCCGCCCCCAAACACGGCCCCACCGUGCCAGCUCUGCCGCUCUACCCGGACCCCGUGAGGCUCAUCCGGCACGGGGUCAAGUGUCUUGAAUGUCACAAGCAGAUACGCGACCACACGGUCAUGGCUGCGCAUUUCCAGAGGAUGUCAGAGGAAACCGAGGGGCUGACCUGCCCUGUGUGCCAGAUGCUGCUGCCCAACCAGUGCAGUUUCUGCGCGCACCAGCGGAUCCACACGCACAAGUCCCCUUACUGCUGCCCGGAGUGCGGGGCCCUCUGCCGCUCGGCCUACUUCCAGACCCACGUGAAGGAGAACUGCCUGCACUACGCCCGCAAGGUGGGCUACAGGUGCAUCCACUGCGGGGUCGUCCACCUGACCUUGGCCUUGCUGAAAAGCCACAUCCAGGAGAAACACUGCCAGGUUUUCCACAAAUGUGCUUUCUGCCCCAUGGCCUUCAAGACUGCCAGCAGCACCGCGGACCACAGCACCACCCAGCACCCUGCCCAGCCCCCGAAACCCUCCCAGCUCAUGUACAAGUGCUCCUGUGAGAUGGUCUUCCACAAGAAGAGGCAGAUCCAGCAGCAUUUCUACCAGGACGCCAGCAAGGCGCAGGUGGGCGUCUUCAAGUGCCCCGAGUGCCCGCUCCUGUUCCUGCAGAAGCCCGAGCUGAUGCAGCACGUCAAGAGCGUGCACGGCGUCCCCCGCAACGUGGAGGAGCUGUCCAGCCUCCAGGCCUCCGCCGACUCGGCCUCCAGCCGUCCCGCCUCCCGGGUUUCCGCUGAGCCCCCGCUGACCAGCGUGGCUGCUCGAGGCAGCUCCCUGCCGUCGGGCCGCUGGGGCCGGUCCGAGGCCCAUCGCAGGGCAGAGGGCAAGCCCCGGCUGAGGAGCACGGGCUGGACCUGCCAGGAGUGCCAGGAGUGGGUUCCCGACCGGGAGAGCUACGUGUCCCACAUGAAGAAGAGCCACGGUCGGACGCUGAAGCGGUACCCGUGUCGGCAGUGUGAGCAGUCCUUCCACACGCCCAGCAGCCUGCGCAAACACAUCCGCAACAACCACGACACCGUCAAGAAAGUCUACACGUGUGGGUAUUGCACAGAGGAUAGCCCCAGCUUUCCUCGGCCCUCCCUCUUGGAGAGCCACAUCAGCCUUAUGCAUGGUAUCAGAAACCCUGACUUGAGCCAGACGUCCAACACCAGACCUCCGGGCGGGCAUCCCCCUCAGGUGAACCAUCUGAAGAGGCGGGUCGGCGGGGCAGCGGAUGCCCCGGGCACCAGCAACGGCGUGACCGGCUCCUCCAUCAAGAGGCACAAGUCCGUUUUCCAGUGUGCGAAAUGCAGCUUCGCCACAGACUCGGGGCUCGAGUUUCAGAGCCACAUACCUCAGCACCAGACGGACAGCUCCACAGCCCAGUGUCCGCUCUGCGGCCUGUGCUACACCUCCGCCAGCUCCCUCGGCCGCCACCUCUUCAUCGUCCACAAGGUGAGAGAGCAGGAGGACGAAGAGGAGGCGAUGGAGGGGGCGGAGCCGGAGGAGGGCUCCGGGGAGGAGGCGUCCAUGGACACCAGGGAGAACGGACUGGAAGAAUGUACCGGCGAGCCUUUGUCGGGCGACCCGGAGGCCAGAAGAUCGCCGGGCCCGGCCCCUGAGGAGGACGGUGCCCAGGAGGCUCAGAGUCAACCGCAGGCCUCUCGGGACCAGGACAGCCGUGUACCGUCCCCUCAGGCGUGACCGGAGGCUGGGCGAGCGUGCGGUCGGGUGCGCCGUGGUGUGCUGCCCCAGCCGGCCACGUGCACGGGGGAGAGCCAGCCGCUCUGCCCGUGUGCGUGCGGCGGAGAGGCGGGGCCCCGCGGCCAUGUCCACCCGGCCCCAGGCGGUGUGGGUCGCCCAGGACGUUCAGAUCUGAAUUUACGUGUUAUUUAUGGCUUUGUGCUGCUUCUCAGUGCCCUGACUCUCGUCCGUGCCCUUCUAGCCCCGGCGCUGCCCGCUCCUCUCGAAACCGCUCAGCGGCCGCGCUCUCCUGGGAGGCUCCCCGCCCGCUGCCUUCAGCCGGGGCCUGCGAGCUGCCUGGGAGGUCAGGGCCUGAGAAGGGGGGUGCGGGGGGCGGGUGCGCUCCCUCUCCGAGUGCUCUGCCCAGCAUGGCCACGGCCGCCUUGCCCUUCCUUCCUGUUUUCUCUGUUUUUCCCCCCGAACGACAGUCCCGGAGGGUGGGUCGUCACUCUGGCCCAUCCUGCCCGUGUGGGGGGAGCUUCGGCAGCACAUCCCUGCGUGGGGCCCAGGGGAGCAGGAAUGUGCCCCGGCCAGCAGGCAGGCGGCCAGAGCGGCCCAUCGGCAGGAGCGUGUGUCCGUCCUGCCGCCGCCCUGCCUUUCCCGAGGAGCCGGGCGUGGGGCGCGCAGACACUGCCGUGUCUGUGCUCUUCCCCCCGAGCUGUCGGAGAGGCUGCCGCCCCGGGCAGGCCGGCCCGUCCUCCGGUUCCUCUCAGUGUUGCUCAGACGAUAUUUCCAAUAAAAAGUUCUUCUUACCAUGCAGGUGGGCUCUUGUAUUCCUCUUCAGGGGAGCCUGGCCCCACCCUGCUCCACCCAGGGGCCUUUCCCAGACGCCCCUCGCUGGCCCAUUUCUGAGGCAGAACAGGAUCCCUGCUGUCCGAGGGAGGUCCCCUAGAUUCCGGAGCCGGGGUUAGAAAACCCGGAGCCUGGGGAGGCCCCAUUCUCUGGAGGCAUUCUGGAGGGGCGAGGGGCGCUUUUGGUGACAGCCAGGAGUCACCUCCAGGGUCUCCCCGGGGCUAGUGGCAUCGGCUUCAGGGCCUAUUGAAAUUUUCUGGGCCCCUCCAUCUCUCCUCGAAAUUGGUUUUCAACCUAAGGGAACCCUCUCCUGGAGGGGGGAAUGCUGUCGUUUUCUUGCAGUGCUCAAGAGGCCUUGGAAUGACGGCCACCCUGGGAGCUUGCGUGUGAUGUAACUGGGGUCAGAUACUCGAAGCCGGGCUGUCUUUUCACGGGUGGCAGAGUCAGGGCCUCACCCAGCACAAGGAGCAGGCAGUGUGGGGGGUGCCCUCUGACCCCUGACCCCUGACCCCUGGGGCCCCUGCAGCCCUGCCUGGGUAGGAUGUGAGGUCAGGCCCUCUAGGAUACAGGGCUGCUAAGAUCUUCUCAGGCAGGCACUGAAUAUCAUUGAUAAAUCAUUAAGUCAGAUAAACAUGCUUGAUGUUUUCACGACUGAAAACAAGACUCAUUUCCUCUGUGAAAUGCCACAUUUUUAGUGGAAAUGCUAAUGGCCCCGGGAAAGGUUAGCAUUUGCCUCAGCUUCAGAGACUGCGGUGUUUGAUGGCUGCUAUGCCUGGCAAGGCCACCCUGCUGCCUCUGCUUCCCAAGGGGCCCGUAACAGCAAGCCAGGCCUGGUGCCGGCCCGACUGUGAGGUCCUCCCUCCCCUCGCUCCAGCUGCAGGGUGCCCACCCUGCACCCUGGCUCCAUUCCCAGAAAGAAAUCAGACAGGUGGCUGGGAGAAAAGUUUGAAAUGUGUGGCCGAGUCUCUUCCUGCCCAGGGACAGUGGUAACCUGGAGGAGGAGGAGGCGGUGGUGACAUCACAGGUGUGACCACCCGUCCUGGCCCCAGACCCCUCCCUCCUUCCUGGGAGUGAGGGGGUUGCCAAGCCACUGACAGGGAAACCGGAUGCAGCCUGCGGCCCGCCCUUCCCCAUCUCUGCACAGAGCCCCUAACCUCACUGGCCCCGCCCCUUCUAAAGAGAGGUGGUCAUUCCCAUCCAACUCCAUCCCCUGGCUUUUGUGUGAUGAUAAGUGUGGGAGCAUUUUCUAGUGGGCGAAACACUAACGUGAAGGGUUUGUAACGUGACCCCAGGGCACGCAGGGGAGAGGGUACCUCGCCUGCGCUUCACACUUGGACGCCCGCCCGUGGUCAGUUACGAUCCCCCUGGGACCCCUGUCCAUUAUUUGGUAACCCUGACCACAGCAGCGCUUUGAGCCCCGCCCCUGACCUUACGAAAUACUUUCCAGUGCUUCUAAUGCAGUCCCCCCCAGUGAUCUCCCAGUUACCCCCCAUUGUACAGAGAAGAAAACUGAGGCCCGGAGCAGUUAAGUCACCGGCCUGGCCACCUGUAAGCAAUGGUGCCGAGUCAGGCUUGUCUAGUUCUCAAGUCCACGGUUUCGAUCACUGUGCAGCCUUAGUCACCCAGCUGCUGUGGCCUGCGUCCACCGCGUCCAGACAUCCACCUUCCUACCUCCCCUGCGGCUGGAGCACCAGGCUCUCUUUGGAGUCAAACUGUGCCUUGUCACCCCCAAGGAGGGCCCCACACACCACCUUUGCUUGUGACAAAAGCACAGGCAGUGUCUCUGUGCCCUUUGACUCUCAUUUGAAUUUAACUCCUUUCUUGGGGGGAGGAGGGGGCGUCCCAGAAAAACCGGCCUGGCCUUCACAGGGAACACGGCUCCCUCAGGGCCCAGGAUCUUUUUGUAAGGCCUUUUUAAUGGUUGCGCUAUCAUUCGUUAUCAGAAAAUGCUUGCUGCAAGCACUUGUCUGCACAUUAGCUAGAGUGUGCUCUCCUGAUCGAGUUAAACAGAUAAAAUCCCCACCCUCGUAGAAACUACCGUUCACUACACACCAGGCUUGACAGACGACGAGUAUUUAUUUUCCAACUGCUUUAUCUCUGUAAAAUGAUACGCCGAGUGACUAGAAGCCGAUCGAGUGUGUAGAAAGAACUGUGCCCUUAAACUUAUGUAAACAGUCUGGGUUUUGAACAUUGAACACUUGGGUCUUAGCGAGUUCAACACACUUUGCGUCCCCGAGACUGAGGACCCUACCGCCCCCUUCCACGUUCAUCACUGCGUACUCAGCACUGAGCACACCUUAUUUUACUUGUUUUUUAGUUUUUUUGUGUGUGUGUUUCUGAAAAAUUAAUACAUACCCACGGUAAGACAUCCAAAUAAUCCAAGAGUAUAUAUAUAUAUAUAUGUAUAUAUAUAUACACAUAUAUAUAUAAUGAAAGAAAAAAUAAGCUCCCUCUAAUGGAGGUCAGCCUCCCAUUCCCCCUCCCCAGAGUCAAUCGCUGUUAUCUCUUAUCUUGUGUAUCGUUUCUGAGCAAUUCUAUGCAUUUACAAGUUUAUAAAUAUGUAUAUUUAUAUAUCUAUUUUUAAUACAAAUGAUAGCAUUCUAUACA